CUAUGUGGGGUUUAGUAUAUGUUUUCAAGCAAUUCAGAAUUUAAAGUUCGUGUCCUGAUCAAUUUGAUGUACAUGCUGUUGACACCCAAUUUUGACCCAAAAACACAAUACAACAUAGGUAGCCAUCCCAGCGUACAACAGAAACAACCAUCUUCCCCUCUCCAUUAUCGCGUCCAGUGCGAGAAACAGUCCGCAGCAGCCCAGAAUCCAGCGCGCAUCCAUCUUCCCCUCUCCAUUAUCGCCCGUACGCGAAGCUUCUAGAAUCGAUCCAGGUGUCUCAAUGUCGUAAUCAGGCGGCCCUCACCUUUUUUCCGUUGAGGAAUUGUACGAGAAUCGUACUCAUUCAAGCUGGCAGUUUUCGAAUUUCAAAUUUCAAAUUGGAAAUUCACCCAAUUCUUUCAUCCGGUUUCCCCUCCAAUUUCCAGCCCAAAAUCUCCUCUAUUUAAGCCUCUUUCUUCUUCAUUGUUAGGGGUUGGGAAGAAGAUAGAACGAAAUAGGGGAUAGAAAAGAAACACAACUUGUAUAAGAAAGAAACUACAAAUUACAGUGAGUUGCUAAGGAAAUAGGCUUAGUAUAUAUUUUCUCUUUUGUUCGUGGGUUGCUGGGGUUGGCAGAAGCUCGUUGGAGUCUUUCUGUGGUCGUCUGCUCGUUCUCGUCUCGGUUCGCUGCCCGGAAAGAGAUAAACAAUCUCUGUAAGGAUUUCCACGGUUUCAAUGAAUAGCACCGAUCAUGCACCAGAAACACCAACACUUAAAAUCAAGGCGUUCUUUGAAUCAGCUCCACCACUAAAAGAUGCUGCUGAAAUACAGACAAAAUUGAAGGAAUUUGUCGACCGGAAUUCAUCAUCAGGGAAUGGUAAAGCAAAUAGGGUGGUGUGUGUGACUUCUGGCGGUACAACUGUUCCUUUGGAGAAACGAUGUGUUCGUUAUAUUGAUAACUUUAGCUCUGGUCAUAGAGGAUCUGCUUCCACGGAGUACUUUUUGAAGGCUGGUUAUUCUGUCAUCUUUCUGUAUCGUAGGGGAACCUGCCAGCCAUUUUGCAGAUCACUGCCUGACGAUCCAUUGCUCGAGUGUUUUACUUCAACUGAUGAUUCAAGUGUUCAAGUGGACCCAUCGCAUGCUGAAAUGGUGAAGAGAGCCAUUACUGAAAAUCGUUCUGCAGUUAAUGGCGGUUUCCUGUUGAAAUUACCGUUUACAACAAUUUUUGAAUAUUUGCAGAUUCUUCGGAUGAUAGCUGUAUCUUUAAGGAGCCUUGGUCCUAGUGCUAUGUUCUAUCUUGCAGCUGCAGUUUCUGACUUCUAUGUACCGUGGGAGAGCAUGACGAUGCAUAAGAUCCAGUCAGCUUCUGGUCCUUUGGACAUGCGGCUUGCUCAAGUACCGAAGAUGCUUUAUGUGCUUAGAAAUGAGUGGGCACCUGUGGCUUUCUGCAUAUCUUUCAAGCUGGAGACAGAUACAGAUAUCCUUUUAGGGAAGGCUGAUAUGGCCCUCAAAAAGUACAAGAUGCAUAUGGUGGUAGCUAAUGAACUUCAAACUCGUAAAGAGGAAGUUAUAGUUGUCACAGAGCAGGAAAAAAUCACAGUUCGUAGAGACACAACUCAGCCUGGGGCUGAUGUCGAAGAUCCAUUGAUUAAGCUUGUCGUGGACAGACAUUCAGCAUACAUCGAUGCAUGAUCUCUUGAGGACUGACCAACGAUAGUUUUGCGGAUUUGUGAACCUGACUUCUUUGAGGAUUGUAUUACAUCUGUGCAACAAUUAUGUAACCAGCUAUUUUAAAGGAGAUAAACCCUUCCACCCCACUUAACCAACUACCACAGGCUCUCUUGAAAGAAGUAAAAGAAAGAGGGUGCCUUUUAGUUGUUCCAAUUGAUGAGUCUUUUUUUUGUUUUCUUGUUGAAGAAUAAGUUUCGUGCACGAAAAAGGCGCUGAAUAAAUUAGUAAGAUAUGUUCUUCAGUGUUGGCUCUGA